CUCACCGGUGUUUCUCUCACCGGUGUCUCCUUUCAGUGACACUUCCUCCCUAGGGGGUUAGUCAUUUAUAUAGUUGAAGCUUGGAGCACAGCUGGUACCCCAGGGUGUGUAAUGUCACGUAGGAGUUUCGAUUAUUUUAAAAUAUAUUACCAGACACAAAAAAACAAGUCUCAUUGUCCCCCGCCGCGCCUACCUUUGGACGGUCAGUAGCGGGCUCUCUUUGGUCAGUGUCGCUUGCACUCGGAGGCUGGCUUUUUGCUUUGGGACACUCGGAGGCUGGCUUUUUGCAUUGGAUAUGGGUGAAAUCUGCUCAAGGCGCGGGCAAUGACACAUGUAACAGGAUGAUGGACAAGGACGCUUUGAAGGGAGUCUUCUCUCUGUCAGUUGCAUGGUGUUUUCUGGUCUCAGUUUCUGGAAAGGUCAUCUCUCAAGAUGGCUACCUAAAUGCUCUGCAGAGUGCAGCUCCUCUGUCCUGUUCAGAAGGCUUCACUGAACUGGGCUACUACAACGGCUCUGUGUCUCAGACUGAUUCUGGCUCGCCCUGCCUGAAGUGGACAGAGUUCCCAGACUACGUCCUGCAGUACCCGAGCCGGGGGCUGGGCGAACACAGCUACUGCCGCAACCCUGACCGUGAGUCCAACCCCUGGUGCUUCUUCCGCCAGAGCUCUGGAGCCAUCGGCUGGGCCUACUGCGACUGCCACCAGGGAGCUGCCAGGUUGUUAGGUGGGUCCUCCCCUCAGAGCGGGCGUCUGGAGGUAUACCUAAAUGGCCAGUGGGGGGCGGUAUGUGACACACACUGGACCGACCGCGAUGCCAGUGUGAUCUGCAAACAGCUUGGACUGGGUGAGAUCGGCACGGCCCUCCAGCACUCCUACUUCGGGCCUGGCUCUGGACUCUUCCACUAUGAACGCCUUGGCUGCCGUGGCAAUGAAAACUCUCUGCUGGAUUGCAGGAGUCGGAAGUUUGUCACCAGUGACUGUAACCAUGGCAAUGAAGCGGGGGUGGUGUGUGCUGCACCUGAAGGCAAUGGCGCCCCCUUGAGGUUGGUAGGUGGCCUGGAGGACUUCGAGGGUCGUGUGGAGGUGUACCAUGAUGAGAGGUGGGGCACCAUCUGUGAUGACCAGUGGGAUGACAUCGAUGCUGAGGUGGUCUGUCGGCAGCUGGGACUGGGGGGGGUACCGAAGGCAUGGACGUGGGCCCACUUUGGCCAGGGCUCUGGGCCCAUCCUCCUGGACGGGGUGCAGUGUACAGGCAACGAGCUCUCCCUGGAGGAGUGUCCCCACAACAACUGGCAACAACAUAACUGUGACCACAUGGAGGAUGCUGGAGUGUCCUGUAACCCAUAUACAGAUGGUGUAGUGCGGCUGGUGGGGUCUGACAGUCCCUGGGAAGGUCGUCUGGAGGUGUACCACUCUGGGGACUGGGGUACGGUGUGUGACGACAACUGGACUGAGCACCACGCACAGGUGGUCUGUAGACAGCUGGGCUUCAGCAGAGGGCGUGCAGCGGUGGCAUCAGACGGGCUUUACGGGGAGGGCACAGGGCUGAUCCUGCUGGAUGAGGUUCAGUGUAAAGGCUCAGAGGGCACCCUGCUUGCCUGCGGGCACGCCGAGUGGGGGCGCCAUGACUGCUCCCACAGCGAGGACGUAGCGGUGCGCUGUGAGAGGGGGGGAGAGACCAAUGAGGUGCCAGGGCUGCCACGCAUCGCAGGCCCUCUGGUGCGACUGGUUGCUGGAGAGAGCCGGAAGGAGGGGCGUGUGGAGGUGUUUCUGAACGGCCAAUGGGGGAGCGUGUGUGAUGACGGCUGGAAUGACGUCAACGCUGCAGUGGUCUGCAGGCAGCUGGGAUUUGUUGGGGUGUCGAAGGCUCGCUCCAUGGCAUAUUUUGGAGCGGGCAAGGGCCCAAUCUACCUGGACAAUGUGAGGUGCACAGGGGUUGAGGUGUCCCUGGGGGAGUGUCCGGCCGAGGGAGAGGAUGCCCAUGACUGCAGACACAGCGAAGACGCAGGGGUCAUCUGUGACUAUGUCCCCGAGCCGGUGGGAGACGGCGCGAUAAUAACACAGACCUGCGGCAUGAGGCCAAACACACAGCGCCGCAGGAGGAGGAUAAUAGGAGGGGACAAGUCAAUUAGGGGGGACUGGCCAUGGCAGGUGUCUCUGUGGCUCAAGUCCCAGUCCAAAGGGAACCAUCCACUGUGUGGAGCCACGCUCAUCAGCUCCUGCUGGGUCCUGACUGCCGCACACUGCUUCAAGAGGUUUGGCAGGGACCCAUCUCGCUACGUGCUGCGACUGGGUGACUACCACACGGAGGAGAGGGAUGACUUUGAGCGCAGCCUGUCCCCGGAGCGCAUUACCAUCCACAGGAAGUACCACAGCCAGGGCUGGGAGUAUGACAUCGCCCUGCUUAGGCUGAAGGGCACCGAGGGCAACUGUGUGGCCUUUAACCCUCAUACCAACUCAGCCUGCCUCCCUGCGCCUGGCAACAAGUGGGGCAAGAGGCCAGCCGCCUGUGUCAUCACAGGGUGGGGCAUCACAGACUCUGAAUACUCCCGUACUCUGCUGCAGGCCUGGGUUCCCCUGCUGCCCUCAUGGAAGUGUAAGAAGCGAUACGGCGAGCGCUACACCAGCCGCAUGCUGUGUGCGGGCAGCCUGUCAGACCGUCGGCGCGUGGACAGUUGCCAGGGUGACAGCGGUGGUCCCCUGGUGUGUCAGGGAGAGGGGGGCCGCUGGGUGCUGACGGGGGUAAUCUCCUGGGGUCAUGGCUGUGGUGACCCCUCCUUCCCUGGGGUGUACACGCGGGUCAGCAGGUUCCUGCGCUGGAUUGACCAGGUCACCAACAACCCUCCAAGGAUCUGACGCUGCCACUGUGCCAUUGGACAGCCAGUGUUAUCAUUACUUUGGGGUCGAGGGAGUGGUGGGGGGAUUAAAGGAGCAGUGACCGGUUAGAGAGGGUUACCACAUCCUGGUAUCUGCUCAUGAUCUCACCCAUAAAGUUGCACAUCCAGCAGAGCGCUUUUAAGUCACUUUUUUUUGCAUACACUUGGAGAGCCUGUAAAUGGCAUUGUGCAUUCUUGAUUGUGUGGAAUUACCACUUUCAUGAGAACAUUUAAUGCACCAAUGGUUCAAUUUUGAGAGCCAGACUGCAUAGGUGAAUGACAUUGCACUAGAAUGCAUGCCAUACUAUCACACUGCGACACCUGUGAAAGGCCAAUUAAUGGUGCCAAUGGGAGUAAGUCUAGUCAGAAGCGUUAGGUGGAGUAUCUUUAAGGUACAAUAUUGUACAUUUACAGUACAUACAGACAUGUGGCUUCUAAAUUAAUAUUGUUUCAUGAACAUUCCAGUUGUGCAUGCAUUAUAACUUAUACCUAUACUAAUGUGCUCCACUAUUGAUUGAAACAAUUGGCCAAAUUGGUCAGCGUACAGAUCGCUGGUUUAGACCAUAGGAGAGGCAUGAGUGGGCCUUUAUGAGGCUCUGUACAUGUUGCAAUGAUGACAUGGCCUUUCACAAAGGCUUAAAUGAUUUGAUGUCUGCUUGGUUGCCUACCCACCCACAGUAUCUAUCUGUCUACCAAUUUAUUUUAAAAGCUGCACUUGUGCAUCCUUCCUAUUAGCAUUAUGUGAAGCCAGAGGGGGGGGGGAGCUAGCUUGUGUGUCUGCGAGUGUGUGUGCAAGCGAGCGUGUGUGUGUGUGCGUGUGUGAGAGUUUGUGUGUUUGUGUGUGUAUGUGUUUACAUGCAUGUGUGCACUGUCAAUUUAUUUUUCAUACAGCAUCUCAAUUCUAUACCAUAUCUUUGUGUUUUUGUCUCAAGUUGCAGUGCAAUUCCCAAAUGAUCAAUGCAAUCUUCUCAUCAUUCUUAUAGUUUAUUGACACACAUUAACACAUCUUACAGACUCACAAAGCCUAUACAGUGCUGACGUAACAUUCUUUCCAUGUUUUACCAGGUUUCACCUGGUCACAUUCCACUCUGAUUUUGAAACUCUCAUACUGAAUAGAUGUCUAAGCUUCAUGUGGGUAUUACUAAUGCAAAAUUCCAACUAUCUGGCUGUUUAGAAGACUCUUUGGUUUAGUACUACAAUCCCAAUAGGAAACAGAACUAACUACUCCCUAAUACCACCUGUACACUUGAUGGAAUGUUCUUUUACAAUUUACACAGAACGUUAAAAAAUAUGGGGCUUUAAGUCACAUGACUGCAUGUUUUUGAUUGUCACUGAACAGUACAACUAUUUAUUUUGUGAUAUUUUCUUUAAACAAUCUUCAGACUCUCGAUCCUGCCACCGUUGCUUUUUCAGUGAAGAAUUUCUAUUCAACUCUAGAAUGCUAUAGGUCUACUGUACAUGCCUCUCUUCAUACAUAUCCUGCAAGUACUCUGUAUAAAAUACCUUGAUUGUUAAGGUGAAUAUAUAAUGUGUUUUUGAGUAGUGUCAUUAAAUAUCUGAAUCACU